AUGGCCCCUUUGGUUGUGUCCGUCUAUCACUUGGGUCAGUCAGCCGUGGGCAGGCUCAGAACAGAGGUUUCUGUAGCUGAUAGGGUGGGUAUAUACUGGAGAACAGAGGUUUCUGUAGCUGAUAGGGUGGGUACAUACUGGAGAACAGAGGGUUCUGUAGCUGAUAGGGUUGGUACAUACUGGAGAACAGAGGUUUCUGUAGCUGAUAGGGUGGGUACAUACUGGAGAACAGAGGUUUCUGUAGCUGAUAGGGUUGGUACAUACUGGAGAACAGAGGUUUCUGUAGCUGAUAGGGUGGGUAUAUACUGGAGAACAGAGGUUUCUGUAGCUGAUAGGGUGGGUACAUACUGGAGAACAGAGGUUUCUGUAGCUGAUAGGGUUGGUACAUACUGGAGAACAGAGGUUUCUGUAGCUGAUAGGGUUGGUAUAUACUGGAGAACAGAGGUUUCUGUAGCUGAUAGGGUGGGUAUAUACUGGAGAACAGAGGUUUCUGUAGCUGAUAGGGUUGGUAUAUACUGGAGAACAGAGGUUUCUGUAGCUGAUAGGGUUGGUAUAUACUGGAGAACAGAGGUUUCUGUAGCUGAUAGGGUGGGUACAUACUGGAGAACAGAGGUUUCUGUAGCUGAUAGGGUGGGUAUAUACUGGAGAACAGAGGUUUCUGUAGCUGAUAGGGUGGGUACAUACUGGAGAACAGAGGUUUCUGUAGCUGAUAGGGUGGGUAUAUACUGGAGAACAGAGGUUUCUGUAGCUGAUAGGGUGGGUACAUACUGGAGAACAGAGGGUUCUGUAGCUGAUAGGGUUGGUACAUACUGGAGAACAGAGGUUUCUGUAGCUGAUAGGGUGGGUAUAUACUGGAGAACAGAGGUUUCUGUAGCUGAUAGGGUGGGUAUAUACUGGAGAACAGAGGUUUCUGUAGCUGAUAGGGUGGGUACAUACUGGAGAACAGAGGGUUCUGUAGCUGAUAGGGUUGGUACAUACUGGAGAACAGAGGUUUCUGUAGCUGAUAGGAGGUUUCUGUAG